AUCGAGACAGUUGCAUCUUGGCCGGGCUGGGAGACGGGUCGCUGCUGCUGGGUCAUCAUCUUCACACACCUCUAUGAUGUUUAACUUGAGCAGGACAGCAGUAGCACGGAACAUUACUUUGCGGUGGCUGUCAUGUAGCUCCUCCCUGCAGGCACCUACAGUGGCCGUGGUGCUCUCUGGUUCUGGGGUAUAUGAUGGCUCUGAAAUUCAUGAAGCGUCGGCUGCUCUGGUUAGCUUGACACGCGGUGGGGCAGAUGUCGUUUGUUAUGCUCCCGACGCUUUGCAGAUGCAUGUUGUAGAUCACACUAAGGGUGCACCGGCAGAAAAUGAAUCUCGUAAUGUUCUAGUCGAAUCAGCCCGCAUUGCUCGUGGUAAUAUUAAGCCUAUCACAGAGUUGACAAGUGGGGUUGCAGAUGCUGUUUUCUUUCCAGGUGGAUUUGGAGCAGCUAAAAAUCUGUCUGACUUUGCAGUGAAAGGAGCAGACAUGACUGUCAACAGUGAAGUGGAGCGAGUAAUAAAGGAUUUCCAUAGUGCCAAGAAGCCCCUUGGUUUCUGCUGUAUUGCUCCCAUGAUAGCAGCUAAAGUUCUUGGUGGCAGUGGGGUAACUGUUACUCUUGGCAAGGCAGAUGAUGGAUCUGGAAAGUGGCCAUAUGCAGGCUCAAUUGAGGCAGCCAAGGCACUGGGGGCUAAUCCAGUUGAAAAGGCUGUGGAUGAAGUAGCAGUUGAUGAAGUUAAUAAAGUUGUGAGCUCGCCAGCAUUCAUGUAUGAAGGCAAGUUUCAUGAAAUUCAUGACAGCGUGGCUAAGGCCGUCACUGUGCUUCUUGGCAUGAUCAAGAACUGAAAUUCAUUUAUAUGGAAAAAGAAAAUGUUACAAAGUCGGUACCCUCAAAUAAAAGGUAACUAUUCAGUAUAUUAUGCAUAUAUUAUUCGUAACAUUAUAAUGUGAAAUGUUGAUAAAAUAAAUUAUUUUAUUUUAUCAACACGCUGUUAAGUUUAAAAUCAAACUAAAUAAUUGUGAACUGUACAGUAUUGAUACAAACAAUUACACCAAAAGAAAAAAAAUUGAGUGAUGAAGGAAUUUGUGCUAGUAAACAGUUUGUUAAGUUUAACAUUUAAUAAAUCCCCAUAAACUUAACUAAAGAGUUCGUGGAAAUUUUGUUAGUAAUACAGUAUUCAAAAUAAGUAUAAUAGGGUAAAUUUGUGCAUUUGUGAGUUGGAUAAUUGUAACAAAAGCAAUGCAUAUUGAUUAUAAUAAAGCAGAUAUAAAAACUAUAAUAUCAUAA